UCCAACUUGUCAGCCAUGCCGUCUACUGCAGGAGAUCAUUCUCAGCUCUCUAAAGACCAAUUAAAAAAUUUGCUAAUUUCUCAUAAUAUACCUCUGCCUCCGAGUGACCAGCGUAAGGCUGUUUAUUUAGAGCUAUAUAAUAAACACAUUUUCCCCAAAGAUAAAGAAGCUGUGGAGUUCUCAAGUGAUGAUGAGGAAAUGCUGUCUGAAAAUCAUCUUCUACCAGUGGAAGACGAGGAGUGGAACGGAAACUGUAAGAUGGAUGUGAGAAGUCUGAGCAACACUGAGCUUCAGGAACAGCUGCUGAAACACGGGGUCAAGCCGGGUCCCAUAUUACCAACCACAAGAGGUGUUUAUGAGAAGAGGCUGCAGCAGCUGUUGGAUGAAGUGCUAUAUCCAGCUGAAGAGAACCGAUCAGGCAACCAGGAUCAGUAUUCAGAUAGCGAAGAUGAAGGUGUUUUAAUGAAGAAGAAAAAAGAGAUGAGAGGUGAAACAAUGGCAGCUGAUGCAAUGCAGAACAACGGACAAACAAAAGUGUUUACAGUGAAUGUCCCUGUUCGCAGGCGCUCGUCCUUAUCAAAUGGAUUGUCUUCACGACCUCCUCCUGGCCCGUAUAAUCAUAUCCCAGCCUCCCUUGCAGCUGAAUACAACCAGAACCUGGCAACAUUAGGGGAUGAUUUCACUGUAACUAGAAUACUUAAGCAGAUGGAGAGGCGGUCUUCUCUGGAACAGGCUGUGUUCAAGAAAGAGCUGAAUGCCCGAAAUAUGACUCCAAAAAGCCAGGAAAAGGUGACUGCGGACAAAAACACUAUGACCUACAGAUCGCCAGCAAAUACCCCAAAGGCCUGUGUGUUUAUGGCACAAAGCAAACCUAAGCCAGAGGACAGCACUUUGGAGGACUUUUCUGAAUCUAUGUCCCAGUCUCCCCUUGGACUAAGUGCAACCCGCAGAAAGCCAAUAAAGGGUGCAGCUGGGCGGCCUAUACAGUUCCGUUAUGAUGACUUCGCCACUCAGGCUCGUAUUCAAGAGAAGACUAAAGCCAUACCAGCUGAGAAAAGUGGUGGCCGUCUGAUCUCAGUGCCACUGCAGAUAGUUAUUUUUAUUGUGCUUGCCUUUUUAGCACUGGUUUUUUUCACCUUAGAAGGUAGCCCAGACAACCCUUUUAGAUCGCUUGUAGAGAGCGAAGCCAGUGCACAGCAGCCUUAAUAUAUUUAUAGAGCGGUAAUGUCAAGGAUCAUCCUCUCCUAAAGAAACAUUGAGCAUAGCUUUGAAAAAGGAACACUGUUGAAAUGAAUGGGAAAUAUUAUACCAUAAUGAAUUAAAUGGUCAAACGGAGUUCUCACUUUUAUCGAUAUGAUUUGACAUAUUGAAAGGAUUGGUUUCCUGGUACAACACAAUUUUUUUUUUUUUUUUUGCUCUGUCGUUUGCAUCAUAGGAAAUGCUGUUUAUCAGUCCCUACAUCUCAGUGCUUAGCACUAGCUCUUCCUAGUGGCAGGUAGUUGCUUCCUUAUGGUGUAAGAAGUACAGUACUUAUUACUUUAUUAAUUAAUGAAUUCCCUGGGGGAACCUAUUUUCAUGUUAAACUCUCUAAAGCAAAUUCAUUAAUGUGCUGCUGUUUUUCUCCUCUACAUAAGCCAUAUUGCCUGCAAAAAAGAACUCAUGAAAUCAUCCUUUUUGUUGCUCCUGUGUAGCUUAAGCUUUACAUUGCAGCAUAAAAGAUGGCCUCAUGCAAUGUCCCUCACAUUUUGAGAACACAUUUUACCUUUAUUCUUCUUAGUGCUAUACAAUAUAUUGCAUCAUUCUAAUUGUCUGCUAUAAGUAUGAUGUACUACAGUAAAAACAUUUUAGUUAAGUAUUUAGCAAAUGGUUUAUCUGUUCUUCUAAAUCUGAUCUACCUCAUCUUGUUAAGGCAGGAAAUGUUUGCUUAAGAAGCAAUUCUGCAAACUGGGUUACAGCUCUGUGUCAAGUACUGUUUUAUUUAAUCUUGAAAAUUGUAUGUUUUUAUUAUUAUAUAACCUGACCAGUAGAAGUGAACAUAAUGCUCUAGAGGAGCUGCAAUGUUUAUUUGUUCUGUAUAUCCAUCCAUCCAUAAAAUGGCAACUUGUGGUGCAUUACUGUCUUAGGCAAUUAUAGAAUGCACAUACAGAACCCAAAUUAACUAAUUGUUCCUGUGUUCAAUUGAGAAAAAGCUACAUGCUUGUAAUUGCUGUAAUGAUAAUGUAAAUGUGACAUGGGUUCUUAAUACUGAAUGUAGAAACAAAACAAAUAAUGUAACUAUAGAAGAGUGGACAGCAGCCAAACUCUCAAUAAAAAGUAAUCAAUUUUUUUUCCGCUCAGCUUUAAAACAGACCAGAGCCUCAAUGCCUUAUGCAUUUUGGGCACUACCACAACUAAUCCAAGUUGAAAGAAAUUGUCGCAUUUCCUACAACAUUAGCCUCCUAUACCUACAAAUAGCCAAAUGUAUCCAUUUCUGUAACUGUCUGUGAAUACAUGCUGCUUGCAGAAACCUGGUACAGAAUUACUAUACUGACAUUUCCUCCCACAAACGCGUAAGCUAUCCCAUUACUGGCCUACAGGGGGUGAUCCUGUGAUGUAGAAUCUUUGACCUGGUCCAUAAUCGUAAUGUGCAUGUUAUAACCAAUCCCUUUUAAGAGCAGACUUUAUUUGCCCUGUAAGUUGUUUUGUUUUUGUCUGUUUUUUUUUUUUUUUUUUUUUAAAUUCUGACAGUGCAUCAACUUCAGUAUGGUCCUCCUGUUGAUGAACAGACCCAGAGCUCUUUAGAUCCUUGCUUCAUUUUACUGUUACAGGACCUUUUGAAAGUACAGACCCAUGUGCUACCUAGUAUUUAAAUUCCUCUCCAGUUAUUUUUUUCAUUGUUGUUCACAUGCUAAGUUAUUUGUCUGUGUAUUUAAAUAAAGAAUGUUUAUUUUCUGUU